AUUUCUCUUCCUGGUAAUCCUGUCCAGCAGGGGGGCAACGUGUCCAACUUUUCUGACAUAUUUAGUCAGCUACCUCAUGUGUUGUGCUUCAGUGAAACCUAAACCCACCCCAGCGCGGGGGACAGAAACUUUGGUGCAGACUGAACUGGCAAUCGAGAGUCCCGGGGCAGGUCCUUCUGCCAUUGCGUAGCCUAGAAUCCGGAGGCUGAGGUUUGUGUGGACAUUUCUGGGAAAGCCUCCAAAGCUCUGUUUUGCCAAGGAGGACCUGGGAAGAAGGACAGCCGCAUUUUCCUGUACAGACUCAUGUUUCUUUUCAUUUUCUCGGAGAUUCCUGCGUCCUGCGCCCACAAGAUCCCCUCUCAGUUUGCUGGAAAUAAAUAAUGCCCGAGGAUUAUGUGUUUGUAGGGUCAGUUUUUAGGAUGUAAACCUAAGAGUGAGCGUACUUUGGAGAAGACUUUUCGCCGAAAUACUUUCACUGGUGGCUGAGUAUUUAUCUCACAGUUUUGGAUGUCUGUAUAACAGAGAGGGUCUGAUCUCCUGGGAUUAUACUUAAAAACGGAAGUGUUGCUGUGAUGAAGUUGUGGAUGUAACUAUUUAUGCACAGAAAUUUUCCUUGUCUGACAAAUAAAGAACAGACAGUGAAGUGUAUCUCCUCGGCAGAGGGCAUGCUCUGAAACAGAUCUCUGUCUGACUGUUGUGUGCCGAGCCUGCACGCUGUAUGUCUUCAUCUGGAAUUAAUUGAUUAACAACCUCAAAUGCGCUAAAGACGCGCCAGGAUCGCGGCUCCACCACUGGAUCAGUAUCUUCCCCUCAGUGAGUGUUUAGCCUACUUUAUCUGACAUCUCGCCAGAAUGCGGAGGGCGUGUGUGCUCAGUUUAGCUCUGAUAUAUCUGCUAACCUGGACAGGUGAAGCCGACAAACAGACUCACCUUAAGCGGGUGCGUUUGCACAGACGCACAAAGCAGGGACGUGCGCAGUUGGGCGCAACGGACAAAGAGCGCCUCGUCGAGCGUGUGCGCCCCGGGUUUGCUGCGGCAAUCUCGGUGCACGGCUCCAGGAAGCGGGGAGAUGUGCAGGCGGACGAGGAUGUUCCAGCGUCCGGCAAGCGAGCAGAACGUCGGGGUCUAGUGCCAAGGAGAGGGGCGGUCGGACAGAUUGGCUUGCCCCGUCAGCCGGAGAUGCUGCAAGAUGACGGCGCCCCAGGAGCCAGAGCCAGGGUCAUCCGAAUGCCCAGCAACGCCGGGUCACCAAAUCUGCUGGCCAGUUUCGCAGGGAAGAACCGCGUCCUGGUGAUCUCAGCGCCUCAUGAUUCUGACGGCUACUACAGGCUGAUGAUGUCUCUCCUGAAACCAGAUGUGUACUGUGAGCUCGCCGAGCGACACGUGCACCAGAUUGUCAUGUUUCAUCAGGAGGGAGAGAUGGGGGGCAAGGUGAGGAGGAUCACCACCGAGGGGAAGGUGAUGGAGGAGCCGCUGGACACGGCACUCAUACCCAGACUCAUGAGCUUCCUCAAACUGGAGAAAGGUAAAUUUGGGAUGGUGCUGCUGAAGAAGACCCUGCAGGUGGAGGAGAGGUACCCCUACCCUGUGAGGCUGGAGGCCGUGUAUGAGGUGAUUGACCAGUCGCCCAUGAGGAAGCUGGAGAAGCUCAGGCAGAAAGGUUUCGUCCAGAAGUGUAAAGGAGCAGGUGUGGAAGGCCAAGUGGAGCAGGGCACUCUCACAGUAGAUACACCAGUAGAAAGAAAACCAGGCAAGAAGAUCCCAAGAAAGCCUACAACAACAACAACCACCACAACAACUACACAGCCAACCACAACAACAACCACCACCACAACUACAACACAGCCCACCACCACCACAACCAGAGCAACAACAACCACAACUAAAGCCACAACCACCACCAAACCCACCACUACCACCACCCGAAGAACCACCACAAAACGACCCACCACCACCACCACCACUACCACUACCCAGAGACCAACCAGAGCCCACACCACAGCCCUGUGGCUCCCAGCCGCCAGAACCACUGCUGACCCUUACUACAACCGCAGAGAGAGGGAGAGGUACCCGGCUAAAACCACCCCAGCUGGAGAUAAUCGCACUGACAAGGACAACGGAGAUCCACACAGCCACAAGCUGGUACCUGCCACACAUAAACCCUCCAGGGUCAAACCCACCCGGAAGAAGAACGGGGGAGAGAAGGUGCUGACUAAUGAGUAUGAGGACAAGUAUGAACCCAGCAAGCCAACAGUCAGUGAUCCCGAGGAGACUGAAACCUUCACUGUCAUUAGUCCCACCAAGAAGAUCAAGGGCAAGCAUGAUAAGCUUGACAAGAAGAAGAAAAAAAACGACAAGGCCACCAAGAAAGCCGACAGGAGAGGAGGCAAGGUCGGGAAAGAGGGGAAGAUCGGGGGAAAGAAAAAUGGAAAGAAGCUCUCAAAGUACCCUGAGAAAGAGGAGUACCCCAAGCCCACUAAAAGGCCAACGCCCCCUCCGAAGGGAUCCCUGACCUCCUUCCUGGACUACUUUGAGAACAGGAGACGGCUGCUGCUGAUUACGUCCCCCAGCGAGGAGAACAGUAUGUAUGUUCAGCAGAGAGAUGAGUACCUGGAGUCUGUGUGUGAAAUGGCCAUCAGGAAAGUCUCCAUCAUCACCAUCUUUGGCUCCCUGACCAACUCCACCAUGAAGAUUGACCAUUACCAGCUAGAAAAUGACAAGCCUAUGAAGGGUCUCCGUCAGGAGGACCUGGUGAACCAGGAUCUGAUCACAGAGCUGAGGAAGGAGUUCAGCAUGACAUAUGAUGACUUCUACAUGGUCCUCACCGACACUGACAUAAGAGUCAAGCAAUCCUACGAGGUUCCGAUUGCAAUGAAGGCGGUGUUAGACUACAUCGACACCUUCUCCUCCCGCAUCCGAGAGAUGGAGCAGCAGAAGAGAGACGGGGUUGUUUGUAAGAAAGAGGAUAAGCCCAGAUCGUUGGAGAACUUCCUCUCCAGGUUCCGUUGGAGACGCCGCCUGUUCAUCAUCUCAGCCCCCAGCGAUGAGGAGUGGGCCUAUCAGCAGCAGCUGUACGGCCUGACCAGCCAGGCCUGCAACCUUGGUCUGAGGCACAUUGCCAUUCUGAAGUUGGUCGGCACAGAGCCACCGGAUAUGGGCGGAGUCUUGGAGCUCUAUCCUAUAAAUG